CAAGUAAGGGAGCAAUUUGUAACAUAAAUAAAGUUAUAAGGUUUUAUGUGUAAUUUUCAUGAUAUGUAAUUAUAUAUCCAGCUUACUGGCAAGCUAGGGUUUUGUGUGCAACCUGCAGCGGCCCAAAUCUGAAUUGAACGGGUAAAUCAUGGUGAAGCAUAACAAUGUCAUACCCAAUGGGCACUUCAAAAAGCACUGGCAAAACUAUGUGAAGACCUGGUUUAACCAGCCAGCACGCAAAACCAGGAGAAGACUUGCAAGACAAAAGAAGGCCGUGAAGAUUUUCCCACGGCCUACAGCUGGACCUCUUCGCCCCAUUGUCCAUGGGCAGACGUUGAAGUACAAUAUGAAGCUAAGGGCUGGCAGGGGAUUUUCUCUUGAGGAGCUUCAGGCAGCAGGUAUUCCGAAAAAGCUUGCCCCAACCAUCGGCAUAUCUGUUGAUCAUCGCCGCAGGAACCGUUCACUGGAGGGUCUCCAGACUAAUGUCCAGAGGCUGAAGACAUAUAAGGCGAAAUUGGUUGUCUUCCCAAGACGUGCUCGCAAAUUCAAGGCUGGUGAUUCUGCACCCGAGGAACUGGCUACUGCUACCCAAGUUCAAGGAGCCUACUUGCCUAUUGUUCGUGAGAAGCCGACCGUGGAGCUUGUCAAGGUUACAAAUGAGAUGAAAUCAUUCAAGGCCUACGACAAGCUGCGUAUUGAGCGGACCAACAAGCGUCAUGUUGGUGCCAGGUUGAAGAAGGCCGCUGAGGCUGAGAAGGAAGAGAAGAAGUGAGUUUAUGCUCAUACAUGUAUGUGGGGAUGCGUUUGCGUAUUGAGUCUGAAUUUUUCUGCUUUACUUGUUUUGAACUAUUAUUGGUAGCGCACACUAUUAAAUUUUGUUUGGAUUCCAAAAUCACUUGGUUAAAAAUUUUGCUUGGAUUUUUCC